AUGCUAGUAUACUUGACCGACAUAUUUACUCACUUAAAUGAACUAAGUAUUUCCCUCCAAGGAAGUAAUAAAAACGUGGUUAUUGCACGUGUAAAAUUGGCUUCCUUCAAAGCUAAAAUUCCUUUGUGUUUGAGAAAUAAUGAGAAGGGAAAUUUGGCUAGGUUUCCAUCGCUGGAAGAAGUUGUUGAAGAACACGAGUCACUACUUCCAGAAGUUGCCACAACAAUACGCAUUCACCUUGAACAGCUAUUAUAUGCCUUUGAUGGGUAUUUCUCUGCAGGAAAUUUGGAAGCGAGCGACCGCUGGACAAGGAACCCGUUUCUGUUUCAGUUAAGCGAUAUGCCUGACGAAGAUCAUUUCAAGAAGGGAAUAAUUGACAUGCAAAAUGAUCAUGCUGCAAAAAUGGAGUUCGAAGCGAAGACUUUGGAAAAUUUUUGGGCAUCACAAGUAACAAGAUUCCCAAACAUUUCCAAGAAAGCACUUACUGUACUUGUUCCCUUCGCAACAACAUAUCUUUGCGAAGUAGGGUUUUCGACUCUUCUUUAUGUGAAAAGCAAGUUUCGAAAUCGACUCGAUGCUCAGCACGACAUGCGCAUCGCUCUCAGCAAAAAGGAACCCCAUAUUCCAGACAUAAUUGCGAAGAAACAAGAACAAAUGUCACAUUCAUAG